AUGUCUGGGGCUGCCAGUGCACUAGACCCCGUAGCCUUGGCUCGAGGAGCCUCCACCGAGUCUUUAGUGUCUACUCAGUCAUCACAUUACUCAGGCCUCGAUGAUAUAUCAGAUCUGAUGUGUCAAGUUCCAGAAGAGGCCUACUAUUAUUCCACAAACGACAGUAAAACGUCAAAUGGCGAUAGUGAUCUGGUCUUCACCUCAUCUCCUCAGAGUAACCCGCCUAGCAUACUGGGAAAACGCAGAGCUGAAGAUCCUCGUGACUCAGACUGGUCUCUGCCGUCCUCUUCUAGCAGGAGUAGAAGGACCGACGAAUCUUUUGAAUCCUCGGCUGAGUCUGCCGCCAACCCAAAUGUACCUUUUAUAAUUGCCCACUCUCCUCAGUUGCAAAAGUGCUUUGAUGCACGUCAAAUCAGCUAUGGAGUACAAUGGUUAAUUGCCCGUUCAAUUACUAUGGGAGCCUUAACCUACGAUAACAUCAACGUCCCCGAUCUCGAUAAACUCAAAGGGAGUAACGAACAGGCCUGCCCUAUGACACAGCAAAUAAUCCGCCAGACUAUGCAUAAAUUAAUGAAUACAGAUAUGAAAGGGUAUUUUGUCCGAGAAACAGCAGCGAAGUCUCCGUGGAAAGAACUCGAUCGAGAACAAAGUUACUACGAGUGUCAGAAGCGUCAUGAAGGGUGGUACCCGGGAAAAGUCCAAUUUACCGCCAAGUUGAAGGCAGUCAACGACAAAAAGGCCAAUGCAGAAUACCGUAUUGUAUUAAACUGGCCCGAACUUGGUCCAUCCUCGCGUUUCACGAGACAGUUCGCCUCUAAGAAUUUUAUAAGAGUUCGAAUUGACAAGUCGAUCAUCAACACGAAGGACAAUCGCCUCCUUGAGUUCUUUUCUAAACGCUUUGUCCUAUCCGGUCUUGUCUUUCGAGCAUUCUUCGCUAAAGACAUGAAUGUUUUCCUCGUGGCAACUGACGAAACAGCUCCUGGCCUUGUCACGUCGCUGCCGAAGCAUGCUAUUCCGUAUCCAGUGUCGUUUUCGGAGUUCUUAGACUGGCAUAAUCCCAUUAUGCUUAACGCCAAACAGUCAAUGGCAAAGUGGGCCUCUAGGUUUGCUCUUGGGCUAUCUAACUCAGUACCCGGAAUUCUUCUGGAGGAAUCCAAAAUCAACAAAAUAGAAGACGAAGUUUCUGAGCGUCCAGAGGCAUCUGAUUUGACCGAUGGUUGUGGGUUCAUAAACAGAAUCGCGCUGAAAACACUGAGGAGGCAAUUUCUGUGGGACUCUUUUCCUACAGCAAUACAAUGCAGGAUAGCAGGUGCUAAGGGACUGCUUCUUUUACAUCCAGGUGACUUGGAAAAUGACUCGGAUGAUCCAGCUGUCUGGCUUCGUCCAUCGCAAAUUAAAAUCAAAUACUCUCCGGAUGCACCAGCCCCUGCAGGCCGCCUCACCAUUGACGUGCUGCGUUCGUCCCACAUGAGCUCCCCAUCCCGUUUAGCUGCAGAGACCAUUAUUAACCUUGCCGAGAACGGCGUUCCCCAUGAAGUUUUCGUGAAUUUGAUGAAGUCUGGUGUGGAUAGUAUCGUUGAUGGACUGAUGGAUUGGGAUGGGCCAGACGCCAUGUUCAGACUUUGGUUCAGUGUCGCCCGUUCAGGUGGUGUAGUGUCGGCCCGAAUGGCACGAGAAGUUGGCGGUGAAGCUCGCGCAAGGGGAUAUGGUGUAAAGGACGUUGAAGAUACGGAUGACGACGACUCGGAUGAAGCCCCCGUUUCGGCUGCAUGGUGGGGAGAUGAAGUAAGCGGGUGUCCGUCUAGUCUAGAAGAAACUGUGAUGGUCCUUCUUGAUGCGGGCUUUACGCCUGGUGACUGCCCCAUCCUCGCUGACAAGCUCAAACAUAUAAUCGACACAAGUGUGGACAAUUACGUUCAGCGAUACAGGGUCGAUGUUCCCAUGUCGUGCAUCGCAUUCAUGGUUCCUGAUCCCACCGGAACUCUGGGUCCGGGAGAAAUUCAUAUCAAAUCUUCGCAUCCUAAAUUUCUUUGUGAAGACGGUACGGAGACCGAUAUCGUCCUGGGGGAUGUCUUGCUUACCCGACAUCCAUGCAAACUGCCCACAGACGUGCAAAAGGUUAGAGCUGUUGAGAAGGCUGAACUGAGACACUUUAAGGAUGUCAUCGUCUGCCCAGUGAAGGGUACCAACCGCAGAUUUGCUGACUUACUGGCAGGCGGGGAUUACGAUGGCGACAAAGCAAUCGCCAUAUGGCAGAAAGAGAUCGUUUCGCCCUUUAAAAAUGCCGACCUUAAAUACUCCCACCCACCCGCCGAUCUUCCAGCACAAUUCUCCAAGAAUAAUGUCAUCGUUUCUGAUUUCCUUCGUUGCUAUCCUUCAUCAUCAUCUUCAUAUUUCCCGGAACUGCAAAAGUUUCUCUUAGGGGCUAUUCGUGACACUUCGUCCGUUGGGAAGUAUUCAAAUUUCCACGAUAACGCGAUAUAUACUAAGGGCUAUGAUCACCCCGAGACAAUUCGUCUCGCGUACAUGUUCUGCAGCAUCUUGGAUGGAUCAAAGACUGGUCUGACUGUCUUACCUCAUGUUGUGCAACGUGAUACUACAAAUCAUCAAAAAAGAUCACCGGCAUGGAAGGAGACUUCAGCUGAUCGGACACACUGGGAAUCAGGGAUGUCCAAUGAGCUAAACUUACCUCGACCCAGGGUCAUGCCUCCUUUCAUAAUGGACGUUGUCUUCUCGCAAUCUAAGCAGUACUGUGCACAAAAGCGAUCUGUCAUCGAGAGGAUGUUCAAAGACCGCUCGAACAGUGUCAUUGAUCACGCUUUGGUGAAGCCCUGGAAGGAAGCUCUGGACAGAGCAAAACGAUUUCAGCUGAAAAACGACGUUAUGGGUUCUUGUAUAGAUGAAGAGCUAGAUGCUAUUAUUCAUCACGUUGAGGAAAUGCAUCGCAUUCACAAGGACAAAAUUGGCGCGGGUCCAGGAUUUACGGACAAGCGUAUCGAACACCGUCAGGAUAUUCUGCGGUCGAUCGCGCAAGACUUUGCAGCGAAACCGGAUGUUUCGAAGAUGUGUUUUUUCUCCGAAGAUGAGGUUGCUCGUUUGAAGGCCUCGUAUGCCUAUCUGUACGAUCACAAACAGUCCUCGAGAGGGUGGGGACAAUUUCCGUGGGAUGUUGCAAUGAGAGAGCUGGGGGCUAUCAAAGCGAAGUUUCUCGGACCAUCGAAGACGGUUCAAUCAAGUUUUUAUGAUCGAUUUGUGCUGAAACAAUCCCAUCUCAAGCGAUCUUGA